UCUCUCUCUCUCUCUCUUAUUCCAAAAUGUUAAGAUACUGGGGAGAGAUUCCAAUGUCCUCAAGCCAAACCAAUAGGAGUUCCUUUGAUUUGCUCCCACGGGAGUUCCGGCUGGUAGAAGUGCAUGACCCGCCCCUACACCAGCCCUCUGCCAACAAGCCCAAGGCCCCCACGACUCUGGACGUGGUCCCCUCAGAGCCAUGCAGCAUCACCAUCCACACUAUUCAGCUGAUCCAGCACAACCGGCGUCUGCGCAGCCUCAUCGCCACAGCUCAAGCCCAAAGUCAGCAACAGACGGAAGGCAUGAAGACGGAAGAGAGCGACCCACUGCCCUCCUGCCCCGGGUCACCUCCUCUGCCUGACGACCUCCUGCCCUUAGACUGUAAAAAUCCCAAUGCGCCAUUCCAGAUUCGGCACAGUGACCCAGAGAGUGACUUCUAUCGUGGGAAAGGGGAGCCUGUGGCGGAACUCAGCUGGCAUUCCUGCCGGCAGCUCCUCUACCAGGCAGUGGCCACAGUCCUGGCCCAUGCAGGCUUUGAGUGUGCCAAUGAGAGCGUCCUGGAGACCCUGACUGACGUGGCCCACGAGUACUGCCUUAAGUUCACCAAGUUGCUGCGUUUUGCUGUGGACCGGGAGGCCCGGCUGGGCCAGACGCCUUUCCCUGACAUCAUGGAGCAAGUCUUCCAUGAAGUGGGCAUUGGCAGCGUGCUCUCCCUCCAGAAGUUCUGGCAGCACCGCAUCAAGGACUAUCACAGUUACAUGCUCCAGAUUAGUAAACAGCUCUCUGAAGAGUAUGAGAGGAUUGUCAAUCCUGAGAAGGCCACAGAGGACACUAAACCUGUUAAGAUCAAGGAGGAGCCUGUGAGCGACAUCACCUUCCCUGUCAGCGAGGAGCUGGAGGCCGACCUUGCUUCUGGAGACCAGUCUCUGCCCAUGGGUGUGCUCGGGGCUCAGAGUGAGCGCUUCCCAUCCAACCUGGAGGUGGAGGCUUCACCGCAGGCUUCCAGUACAGAGGUAAACGCUUCCCCUCUUUGGAAUUUGGCGCAUGUGAAAAUGGAGCCUCAAGAGAGUGAAGAAGGCACCGUCUCUGGACAUGGCGUGCUGGGCAGCGACGUCUUCGAGGAGCCCAUGUCAGGCAUGAGUGAAGCUGGGAUCCCCCACAGCCCAGAUGACUCAGACAGUAGCUACGGCUCCCACUCCACUGACAGCCUCAUGGGCUCCUCCCCGGUGUUCAACCAGCGCUGCAAGAAGAGGAUGAGGAAAAUAUAAAAGACAAGGGCUCCUGGCUCCUGUCCAGACUGGCACUGCCAACCUUGAUGAGUUUGCAUUUGUUUCCAUAGUGACUUGACUGUUCUUAAACACAAUGGAUUUUUCUGACUUCGGAGGAACUGGACUUAACUAGACAAGUUUGCUUUUUAUUUUUAAUCUAUUUUUUUGCACCCAGUUUUUGUAGUUUUUCACCACAACCCAGCCACCUUUCACAUAGAGAUUAUGCUUCUGGGAUAGCGUGGUCCCUGAGAUGUGACUAGACAGUUUACCUCCUAGAGCCAUUUCUCUUACACUGCUGUGGAGAAUCAAUUUAGUCUGUCUUGCAGGGAUGUUGUAAUACUGAGGAAACUUUUGGGGUUUUUUUAUUAUUGUUGGUUUUUUUUGUUUUGUUUUUUUAUUGUUAUAAUUUAAAUAUUUAGUUAUUCAUUCCCUUUCGUUGCCCUUGUUUUAUUGUUGUAGCUAUUAUUAUUGUUGUUGGAUAGGACAGAGAGAAAUGGAGAGAAGAGGGAAAGAUAGGGGAGAGAAAGACACCUGCAGACCUGCUUCACCACUUGUGACGCGACUCCCUUGCAGGUGGGGAGCCGGAGGCUCAAACUGGGAUCCUUACGCCAGUCUUUGCGCUGGCACCACCUGCGCUUAACCCGCUGCGCUACCGCCUGACUCCCUGUUUGUUGUUUUAUCAAGCACUACUAAGCUCUGGCUUAUCGUGGUGCUGGGGACUAAGAGGGAAGAUUAAUGUUACUAAACCUCAGAGCUGUGCUUGAAUCGACUCACAGGUAAACAUAUGCUCAUAUCAAUGUCAGGUUUCUCAUUUAACGUGCUUCAUUUUGAGUUCAAGACUUUGGGAAUCUAACACUCCUACCUACCUAGCAGGACCUAGUAGUCUUCUAUAAAAUCAGAGGUCUGUGGCCGUUCUGCUUAUUCAGACAGUCCUCUACCAUCUGUUUCAUCCACGUAUUUUCUUCUUCCCCCUAUUGACUUUUUUAAAAAAGAUUUUACUUACUUAUGAGAAAGGAGGAGUGAGAAAGAACCAGACAUCACUCUGGCACAUGUGCCGUCGGGGAUCAAAACUCAGGACCUCAUGCUUCAGAGUCCAAAGCUUUACCACUGUGCCACCUCCCGGACUACUCCCCUAUAGACUUAAUCCAUCUAGCUUCAUCCUUUCUUGUCUCCUCUAUUUUU